AUGUCUAGUCCACCAUACAAUAGCAAAAGUUCACGUAACUCAAGAAAGAGACAGAAUGACGAUGGUGAUGCAAAUAUAGAGGACCACCACCGGUCAUCCCCAGUACACCAACCAUCUUCACCUCCUGUCGCGUCUUCACCAGAGCACCAUCAAGAACAGCACUUGCCCUCAUCCCCAGCUAUCCCAUUUGAUGCUGGUUUAGAUGACGAUGAAGAUGAGGAAAUUCAAAAUGAUAUUGCUGAUUUGAAUCCAUCAGACGAGGAGGAUGGUGACGAUUUAAUGGAAAAUUUAGAAAAUGAUUAUCGUGCUAAUCCAGAACAAGAUCAAUAUGACUUGGGAGAUGGUAAUAUUGAUGAUACUCAAGAAUACGAUGAAAUGGAUGCUGCAACAAGAAGAAGAAUUGAUGAACAGUUGAACAGACGUGAUGCUAUUUUGAACAAUGCGAAUAGAUCGAGAAGUGGUGCGUUUUUGGAUGAUGAAGAUGAGGAUGGAGAAGGAGUGGACGGAUUGGAGGGAAUUGAUCAAUAUGGAUUGCCCAUUCAAAGGAGAAGGAGAAGACAACAACAACAGCACGAUGAAGAGCAUGAUGAUAUGAUGGAUGAUAUUGAAAUUGACCCUUUUAGUGAAGAAUUGUCGUUGGAGAGUUUGACCGAUGUUAAAGCACCAAGUAUUACCGAGUGGAUCUUGCAACCAGCAGUGAGCAGAUCUAUUGCUCGUGAGUUGAAAUCUUUCUUUUUGGAAUAUACUGAUGUCAAUGGUGAAUCGGUAUAUGGUAAUAAAAUGAGAACGUUGGGUGAAGUCAAUGCUGAAUCUUUGGAGGUUAGCUAUAAAGAUUUGGCUGAUUCGAAAGCUAUAUUGGCCAUUUUCUUGGCCACGAGUCCCGAGGAAAUGUUGAAAAUAUUUGACAUUGUUGCCAUGGAAGCGGUUGAGUUGCACUACCCAAACUAUUCCCAGAUUCAUCAAGAAGUUCAUGUUAGAAUUAUUGAGUAUCCUACCUUAUUGAACUUGCGCGAUUUAAGAGAAACCAAUUUAAAUCAAUUGGUUAAAGUAUCUGGCGUGGUUACUAGAAGAACUGGAGUUUUCCCUCAAUUGAAAUACGUCAAAUUUGAUUGUCUCAAAUGUGGUGUUGUUUUGGGUCCGUUUAUUCAAGAUUCCAACAGUGAAUUGAAAAUUUCAUUCUGCACCAAUUGUCAAAGCAAAGGUCCAUUCAAGAUGAACUCGGAAAAGACAUUGUAUAGAAACUACCAACGUGUGACAUUGCAAGAAGCUCCAGGUACCGUUCCAGCUGGUAGGUUGCCAAGACAUAGAGAGGUGAUUUUGUUGUCUGAUUUGGUUGAUGUUGCCAAACCAGGAGAGGAGAUUGAAGUAACCGGUAUUUACAAAAACAAUUACGAUGGUAAUUUGAAUGCCAAGAAUGGGUUCCCGGUUUUUGCCACAAUUAUUGAGGCAAACUCAAUCAGAAGAAAAGAAAGCAGUGCGUUCAUGGGAGGGAACAACUUGGUCAACAUUUGGACUGAAGAAGAAGAGCGUGAAUUCCGCAAAUUAUCUCGUGAGCGUGGCUUAAUUGAUAAAAUCAUUUCAUCGAUGGCACCAUCAAUCUAUGGUCACAAAGAUAUCAAGACUGCCAUUGCGUGUUCAUUGUUUGGUGGUGUUUCCAAAAAUGUUAAUGGAAAACUAUCCAUCAGAGGUGACAUCAAUGUUUUGUUACUAGGUGAUCCAGGUACUGCCAAAUCACAAAUUUUGAAGUAUGUUGAAAAAACUGCUAGUCGUGCCGUUUUCGCAACUGGACAAGGUGCUUCUGCGGUAGGGUUGACUGCGUCAGUUAGAAAAGACCCCAUAACACGUGAAUGGACAUUGGAAGGGGGUGCUUUGGUGCUUGCUGAUAAAGGAACAUGUAUGAUUGAUGAAUUUGACAAGAUGAAUGAUCAAGAUCGUACUUCAAUUCAUGAAGCUAUGGAACAGCAAAGUAUUUCCGUCUCCAAGGCUGGUAUUGUCACCACUUUACAGGCACGUUGUGCCAUUAUUGCUGCUGCUAACCCGAAUGGAGGUAGGUACAAUUCCACUUUGCCAUUGUCGCAAAAUGUCAAUUUAACUGAACCCAUCUUGUCUCGUUUUGACAUCUUGUGUGUUGUUCGUGAUUUAGUCAAUCCUGAAUCAGAUGAAAGAUUGGCCAGUUUUGUCAUUGAUUCACAUAUGAGGUCGCAUCCUGCCCAUGCCGAUGGAGUUAUUGAUGAGAAUGACGAUGAUGAAGUUGACCUAGAUGGUGAGGGUGCUGCCGAACUGGGUGGCGGUGCCUCAGCCAAAACCAGAACUGAAAAAUUGGCUGAAUUGAAACAACGAAAAGAACAAGAGAUCUCGCCCAUCCCACAAGACUUGUUGAUCAAGUACAUCCAAUACGCUCGUGUUAAAGUACAACCGAAAUUGCAUCAAAUGGAUAUGGACAAAGUUGCUAAAGUAUAUGCUGAUUUGAGAAAAGAGAGUAUAUCGACUGGAUCUUUCCCCAUUACUGUGCGUCAUUUGGAGAGUAUCUUGAGAAUUGCUGAGUCGUUCGCCAAGAUGAGAUUGAGCGACUUUGUGAGUCAGAAUGACUUGAAUAGGGCAAUCAAGGUGAGUAUUGAUAGUUUUGUUGGUGCUCAAAAGGUUACUGUGAAGAAGCAAUUGCAGGCCAAGUUCCAAAAGUAUACUUUGCCCACGAGGACCAGGUGA